AACACGAGGGUAGAAGGAGCGUUUUCAUUCUGCUGUUUAGCGUUGAGGACCAACUUAAAAUCAUGGUGGGUGAGGGUUGCGUGGACCAAUAGCCCCCAAUAGUCAUUCAGACCUGUCACUGUGGAUGUUUCUGGGGAUUGGAAUGAUCGUGGCGGUCAUCAAGCAGGGGAAACAGAAAACAAAAAAGUUUGCAGCCAUGAAGCGAAUGAUUAGUCUGAAGGAUCAAAGAAUAAAAGAUAAAGACCGUGCUAAAGCAAAAGAAAAAAAGAAGAAAGACCCGUCAGCACUUAAGGAAAGAGAAGUCCCCAAGUACCCAUCAUGCCUGUUCUUCCAAUACAACACUCAGCUUGGCCCACCGUACCACAUUCUGGUCGAUACAAAUUUCAUCAACUUCUCCAUUAAGGCCAAGCUGGAUAUUGUUCAGUCUAUGAUGGAUUGCCUGUACGCCAAAUGUAUCCCUUAUAUAACAGACUGCGUGAUGGCUGAGAUUGAGAAACUUGGAAUGAAAUACAGGGUUGCUCUCAGGAUAGCGAAAGAUCCCCGCUUUGAGCGCCUGCCGUGCACACACCAGGGAACCUACGCUGAUGAUUGCUUAGUCCAACGUGUGACACAGCAUAAGUGUUACAUUUUGGCAACAGUGGACAGAGAUCUGAAGAGAAGAGUUAGGAAGAUUCCGGGAGUGCCAAUCAUGUACAUCUCCAAUCACAGGUAUAAUAUUGAACGGAUGCCAGAUGACUAUGGUGCUCCAAGGUUUUGAUGUGUCCAACAUUAAGCUGAACCUGUUAAUAUGAGGAUGGCUUCUGGAGAUGACUUCUUUGUGUAUUUAAAUUGAUAUAACUUGAUCUGGAUUUCAAAUCCAAUUUCAGUUUUCAACUUUCCUUUUGGUUUGUUUUCAUGACUUUUUUCCAUUUUUUUUCUCUGUGAACAAAUAAAGUUUUGAAGUGCUCUCUGCAGUUAUUGCAACAAAAUAAAAUACCAUUUAUUAUUAUUAUUAUUCUUUUUUUCUUCCUGAUAGUUUCGUGUGUGUGUAUUGUAUACACACAUUCUCAUAUUAUUUGUAAAAGGCACAUUAAAAAAAGAAUUAAUAAAGAAACAAAAAAACUUC